UUGUUACGAAGGCCAUCGCUGGUUUUCCCUCUCCGGUUGCCAAAACCCUUCUCGCCUCGCUUCCUCUCUCUUUGUCCGCUAAGGAGUUUCACUUUCUGUCUCUUUUUCCGAGAAUUAGGUUAGGGUUAGGGUUUCGCGAGCUCGAGGGGGGGCGAGAUGGUGGCGGACAACGGGAAGAAGUCGAAGGUAGCGGAGAGAGGGGAGGAGGAUUCCGAUCAUAUUGAUGGAGAGCUCGUGCUGUCCAUCGAGAAACUGCAGGAGAUUCAAGAUGAGCUCGAGAAGGUUAAUGAGGAAGCAAGUGAUAAAGUUUUGGAGGUGGAACAGAAAUAUAAUGAGAUUCGAAGACCUGUCUACAUUAAACGGAAUGAGAUCAUCCAAUCCAUUCCAGACUUUUGGUUAACUGCGUUCCUGAGUCAUCCUGCUCUUAGCGAUCUUCUGACAGAGGAAGACCAAAAGAUUUUCAAGUAUUUGGUUUCACUAGAUGUUGAAGAUUGUCAGGAUUUAAAGUCAGGUUACUCCAUUAUAUUUAACUUCUCUCCUAACCCAUAUUUUGAAGACACAAAGCUUGUGAAGACUUAUUCCUUCACUGAGGAAGGAGUGGCUAAUAUAACUGGUACGACUAUCAAGUGGAAGGAGGGUAUGGUAAGGAGAUUGCCAAUGGUAAUGGUCAUGAGAAGAAGGGAGGCAAGCGACCUUUUACUGAGGAAAGUUUCUUUAGUUGGUUUGGUGAAACUCAGCAGAAAAAUUUCUCAGAUGGUGUACAGAUGA